CAUUGGGUGACAAGAAGAACAACAGCAAAAAGCAGAUCUGACAGGAAUCUGGACAUGAAUCCUCGAUGCCUUUUGGCUGUACUAUGCCUUUCCUUCCUUCUGACAGAAACUGGGGCAGUGAUAGGUAUGGGGGUUCCUCUGCACUGCCAUUGUAUUAAUUAUGAACGCAGGAUGGUCCCUUUAAAAAUGAUAACGAAAAUAGAUCUCAUCCCCAGAGGAUCACACUGCAGCAUUGUGCAGGUCAUUGCCAAAUUGAAAUCUGGGCACCAGAUUUGUUUGAAUCUUCGUGCACCCUGGGUGAAGAAAUUCAUUAAGAAACGAUCCAAAAAUCUCCAACGACAAUGAAAAGACAAAAGAAGCUGCAGCUUUCAAGAGAACACUGACUAAGAACAAGUUGAUGGUUGUUUAUUUAUAGCAAUGUGAACACCUUGUCUUUAUUAUCUAUAUGCUAAGUUAAAACAUUACUAUUAUGUGACGGUAAGACAGACAUAUUAAGGGUAAUAACCUAUUUUUCUGAAGUCAUGUAAAAAAAAAUUCUGGUAGUUUUUUGUAUCCUUUUGCAUUAUAUUUAGAUUAGAUCAUAUUUGUAUAUAUUUAAUGUUAUAUGUAUAUUUAAAUAUAAACAAUUUAUUGUAAAGUAAUAAAAAAAACUACAUGUGAUAUAUAUAAUAAAAGCAAUUUAGAAUGUAAA